GGCGAGUCGCGCGAGCCUGCAUGGGGACGGCGGGGGAACGCGGCCUCGACGGGGCCGGCCCAGGGCCCGCUCCGGGCGGCCCCUUCUACACGCUGGCCGAGGUGGCGAAGCGCAACUGCAGCAAGGAGACCUGGCUGGUCAUCCACGGGCGCGUCUAUGACGUCACCGGCUUCCUGAGCGAGCAUCCCGGUGGAGAAGAGGUUUUGCUUGAACAAGCAGGGAGAGAUGCCACGGAGAACUUUGAAGAUGUCGGCCACUCUAAGGACGCCCAGGAUAUGCUGAAGCAGUACCUCAUUGGAGAGGUUCAUCCGUGCGACCGUAAACCAGACGGCUCCAAGGAUCCCAACAAAACACCUUCAGAUGAGACCAGCUUCUGGUCCGUCUGGCUGAUCCCCAUCCUCGGAGCGCUGGUCCUUGGCAUCAUGUACCGCUUCUACAUGAUGGAUGGGAAGUCCUCCUGACUUGAGCCCUGCUGGACUGUUAGGACCAGGAACCGUGCUGUGUGCCUGAAAGUUGUGGGGUUUCGCUGCGUUCCAGUUGACCCUCCAGGUGUUGUCCUUCACAUUUAUCAGUCAGUCUAAGCAGCCCCAGUGCCUGCAGAGCCAAGCUAGAAUCUGGGAGAGGCGACCUAAUCUUUGUUGUAGCUGCAAGAGCUGUAGCCUCCCGCCUUCCCUUUGCAUUUCUUGUUUCUGUGAUCACCAGGUAGCAGCUGCUGGGAUGCACGGUGGAUGCUUCUGACUUGCAUCAGUCUGUCCUGCCAAUCGCCGGGUGAAAGAGCUGCCAUGAAGUCAUCAUUCCUCUUUAGAACAUGUUCAGCAGAACUCCUGCCUCUUUCUGUAGGUUUUGCAAUGGUUAAAUAUGUAUUUUUAAUGGUUUUCUGGUGUAUAUAGUCUUCGCUGAGCAUGCACCUUUUCAGUUGGUCUGUUCUGUAAUAAACAACUCUCCGAA